CCACAACCUAUCACAUCAUUUCUUCAACUCUCAAAGAAAACAGGGGAAACAGAGCAAAAAAACAGAUACUUGAAAAAAAAAAAAUUUUCGGAAAAGCAGAAAAAACAGAGAUAUUUUUUUCUUUUAAUUUUUUGGGAAAGGCAGAAAAAUAGAGAUACUAGGAAAAACAUUUCCUUUGUUUGAUUCUGAUAUACAAAGAAAAAUAGCUGAGAAGAACCAGCAAGGGCAUCCCCUGGCUCCGGCGAAUGGCUACCCGAGGAGAUCUUUGGAACAGUCGCUGUUGCUUAAAUGAGAUUGAAGGCUUUGAUCACUCAAUAGUAAAUACUACUUUAGGUGCAUGUGGUGAAUUACCGGUUCCAAAAGAGGGAUCCUGUCUGCCCUUUCCUAUCUGGCAGUGUGGUGAGAUUGAGGAGCUCAGUGAGAUAUUUACUUUAUUGGAGUUUGAUUGCUCAAAACCAAUUACUCCACGUUAUGGACAAGUGCAGAUUGAUUGGGUGAUGGAUGCAGACAAUGCAAUUGUGUUGUCAACUGGGCCGGAUCACAGAUAUUGGAAGCAGGGGGUUAAGCUUCUGGCUAAGCCUGUAGCAGUUGGACUACAAAGAUCCGAAUGCACAUCUGAAUCAGUUUCUGCAGUAGUUGAAGCAACAUUUAGUCCUGCCUGCGGUGAGCUCAUAAUCAAACACGUUUUCUCAUGAUUUCUGUGUGUUUUAGGAGAGCACUUGAGUUUUGACCAUUUUUUCUGGCCGUCCUUGAGUCGGACUUAAUCUCUAAAUUAUCUUAUAUUUAUCCGAGUGAAAUUUCCAAUUACAGCUGCUAACUUGUGAAAAUAACCUGUUUUAAUAUUUUGGGAAAUGUUUGCCGAGUGCUGCUACCACUGCAUUCUUCUAAUAUUUAUUUUUAUAAAAACAAGUUAAAUUU